AUGGCAAGCGACGACAGCAUGAAAUGUGCGGAAGGGGGCAUGAACCAAAGUGCACCGGUGCCAGUGCCCAGCGCCCCAGGGCAUGCAAGGACAGGGUCAGUUGGGAGCAGGGAAGAUGGCCCUCCAUCAGCCCGCCAGUCUGGCGAUCAGGAUGCUGCCUCAGCUCAUGGCUCUCACUCAGGCUCUGUUCAUUCAGAGCCACAGUCUGUUGGAUCGAAUGCUUCCAACUCUCGUCGCAAGUUCUGGACGUGGAAAGAUGUCUUUGGACCCAAGAAGACCAGUGACAGUGGCUCAGCAACCAAGUCAGAUACGGCAACCAAAUCUGAAGGUGCUGCAGAUGAUGUGGCAGUAGAGUCUGCACCAGCUGCACCUUCAGCCUCCCAGACUACUGGAGCGGCUGUGCCUGCACAAGCAGUGGUGCCUGCAGGAAACCUUGAGCUUGAUGGUGCUGGCCCCAAAGGCCCUGAGCCUUGGGACGAAGCUGUGUCUCCCGCUGUUGCGGCUGCCCUUAAGGCUGCUGCAUCUCCCCCCACUGGGGGCGCCUCUGGUGCCGGCCCUCCAGGAGAGGUGGAUGCUUUGGACGAAGCAGAUGACCUGGAUGCUGGGGAUGAGGGGAUAGAUGGCAGUGAUGAGGGAAUGGAUGGAAUCGAUGAUGCAACGCCUAAUCCUGUGGAACCAAGGGUGGAGGCUCCAAGGGGGAUGCCUUCACUCCCGAAGAGGCCCCCAGCAGCUAGCAGCAGGUCUGCCCGUCCAGCAGGCAUGGGUGGGGGCCUGCCCCUGCGGCCUGCUGCUGCGAGGCCUUCAGGGCUGGGGCCUGGGCUGCCAGGUCGACCUGGAACAGGGGCCCUGAGCCCUCCUACAGUUGGGAGUCGUGGGGUGGAGGUGGUUCCAGAGGAGCCACCUGCUGUGCGGGCGGUGAGGGAAAAGCUGCUGCAGAUCCGACUGACGAUGCUCAGGGCUGUGUCCAGGCUAGGGAUGAGGCCAGGGGACAUCCUUGUGCAGGAGUUCAUGAAUAGAGUCGACACUGCAGAGAGGGUCAGGUACUCCAGGGCACCUGUGCGGCCGUCCAUAGAGCAUUUGUUCCAGCAGGCUCUUGAUCUGGAACAAGAGCAAGGUGCAAACUCGGACUUGGGUCACAGCGCGACAGUGCUUGUCCUUGGCCCCACUGCUGUAGGCAAGACGUCGAUGAUCCAAAACAUCCUGGCAGAAGGCCCAGAGCUUGCACCUGAGUUUGCCACAAACCCCACAAAGGGCAUUACCACGAUGACAGGGCAAGUCUGUGGCCUGAAGAUGACCUUCAUCGACACUCCAGGUCUGAGGAUGGCUGCAUCAAAGCGUCGCCAGAGCAUGGUGUAUCUGAGGAAAGUAAAGGCGGCUGUGAACAGAUACAAGCCACAGAUCGUCAUCUAUGUGGACCGCAUGGACAUAUUCCGCCGAGAAUUUAGUGACCUUCCCCUGCUUCGGCUGAUCAAUGAUAUGCUCCCCAACAUGCUGUACAGCUGCAUAGCCAUUCUCACACAUGCCAAUGCACCGCCACCGGAUGGCACACACGGAGAGAUGCCCUACAAUGAGUACUACCGCAUGAGGCUGGAUGCAGCAAGCCAGAUCAUCAGCCAUGGGAUUCAGGACAUGAGAUGGGGUGGGAGACCUCUUGGUUUUGAAAACCACCCUGGCUGCCGGACAAACGAGGGUGUGCCAAUGCUACCCAAUGGGAUGCCUUUCAAGAGGAAUACCAUCGGCCAAAUAAUUACAAGCAGGUUGUUCAGGGAAGUGGAGAGCAUUGUGCAGAUCAAUCGAUCUGGCAGACCACCUCCCAUUCAGCAGAUGAUCAACUUCAUUGGGCCGAGGAAGCAGCUCCAGUUGUCUGCCUUGGUUGCUCAACUGCUGCAAUCCAAGGCACCAAAGAAAUUCCCUGAGGAGGAGAGGGAUCUGAAGUCAGAGAGUGAACUCCAGCUCAUGGAUGAGAGGACCCGAAUGAUGGAAGAACAGAAGAGGAGAGACUAUGUUCGAUUGCGAAGAGUGGAGGUACUGCAGGAGGAAGCUCAUCCUUCUCAGGUGCCGAUAGUCGGGCAGAAGAUGGAUCUUAAUCCAUCAUUCGAUCACGAUGUGAAUAGCCACCGCUACAAUGCCACAGACUUUGUGGGUGGAUGGUCAGUGCGACCUAUAAUAUCGCAGCAGGAUGCCACCUAUGACCAUGAUGAAGGGAUCGAAAUGUUUCAAGUUGCACGAGAGGGCGUCGUGAGGCCAAAGGGGCAGCACAUUGGAGGCUUUCCAUCAUCUAUGAUCAUCCAGGCCAGCAAACAGAAAGGGCCUCUGAGCCUGACUAUGGAGUCUGGCAUGUCUUCCCAUCCCAGCAAGAAUCUUGUUGGCACAGCGGGCUGCAUCAUCCACCCGGCUGGGAGUGAGGGCGAGCUUGUGUACACCCCCUCCUUGGACGUACGUCUGAAGCUGAACCCGAAGGACAAGGUCACGCUGGGAGUCAUGGCGACACGCCUAUCUGAAGAUGGCUGGCCCCAUAAGGGCCAGCUGAGCUGGGGCGCAAAGGUGGAGAACAAGCUGAAGAUCAACGAUGGCGUGAAGGUCAGCAUGGCAGCGGGGGGAAUGACAGCCAAAGUCUCAGGAAGUCAGUUCCGCGGUGACGCGUACAGAGAUCAAGCAUACGGAGCCAAUGUGGACGUGAAGAUCACUGGUGGCAAGGGCGAAUACGACCCGUCGUUCAUGUUUGGGGCGGGGGUCAGCAGCCAGCGUCGUGGGAGCAACACCAGGACGGGAUACUCUGGCCAGGCCUCUGCAGAGGUGGCAGUCUCCCCAGAGACGAUGCUGAACGGCUCCAUCAACAUGAACGCCGGGGGCACAGGCACGCUGUCCUUGCGUGCAGCAUCCCAUGACAGGCCGACAUGGGGGUGGGUCAUGCUGGUGCCCCUUGCAAUGAAGCUGUUGAAGCGGGUGCUGGGUCACGAUACGGAGUAUGUAUGA